GAUGCGCGAGGGAGACACACAGAGAGCUGAGCAGCCUCUGCCGGAGAUGUCGACCGACUGGAAUCCCUCAGCCUGCCCAGGAAAUAUGGACUAAAUCCGGCUUCUCCGUGGCUGCUUCCCCCCCUCCUCCUUCCUUCGUUUUUUUUGCACGUCGCCACAGUGGUGUAUAGUGGACCAGGAUGCCGUGUGGGCGAUGCUGCCACAAGGGAUACGUUGUGAUUUCGCAGAGAUGUUUUGGCAAAGCGUCGCUUGCAUAUAAUUAGAAAUAAAGGAGAAACUGUGAGCGCAGAAAGGGGGAUCUAAUAAUAAAAAGACAUCACCACCUGUUACCAGGAAAACCAGCUCUUAUCUCGUCUCAGCAGCUCCUCAUCUGCAGGUGGCUUUUGUAUCAGUGUGGUACCUUAGCUGCGUCCCCUGCAGCACGGACAGCGAUUAGCGGCCGCCAGGAGUGAAACCUCACUACACGAUAGCCUCAUUCUGCUCUUCAGCUCCAGCGAUUCCUGCAACAUCUACAGCCUGCCAGGAGAGGUGACAGCUACCCCCCAAGUCACCAAAGCCUGUCAGCCAUGACUCGGGGAGGCCUCCUGCUACGGCUCGGAUCAGGGAUCGACUCGCUGCUCGAUGGCUAGAUCUCACCACACAAAGAGCUGGGGGUCUUUCUGCUGAGUAUCCCUCACUGCAUAGUAGCACAUGGAUUUCAAGACUUCAAAUGAAGAGACAAAGACUGGGAUUUAUUUGAUGCAAGAAGGUAAUGAGGAGCCGUUUAAUAUUCGACUACACUUGGCCAAAGAUAUUCUGACCAUUCAAGAACAAGAUGUCAUCUGUGUGUCAGGGGAGCCUUUUUAUUCAAGCGAGCGGACUGUAACGAUCAGGCGGCAGACGAUUGGAGGGUUUGGUCUGAGCAUCAAGGGUGGAGCAGAGCAUAAAAUCCCUGUUGUCAUAUCAAAAAUAUCAAAAGAACAAAAAGCUGAACUCUCUGGGCUGCUCUUUAUUGGAGACGGCAUCCUUCAGAUAAAUGGAAUAAACGUUAGGAGCUAUCGCCACGAGGAAGUGGUGCAAGUUUUGAGAAACGCUGGCGAAGAAGUGACGCUCACGGUCUCGUUCUUGAAGAAGACGCCAGCCUUCUUGAAACUGCCCCUGUGUGAGGACUGCACAUGCAUUCCAAGCGACCAGAGUAGUGGGACGUCCUCUCCUCUGUGUGACAGCGGCCUGCACUUGAACUACCAUCCCAACAACACGGACACGCUGUCCUGUUCGUCUUGGCCCACGUCCCCGGGGCUUCGCUGGGAGAAGAGAUGGGUGGACCUGCGCCUUAUUCCACUGCUGCACUCACGCCUGUCACAGUUCAUGCCAGGCUCUGAUGUCUGCAGGAAAAAUGCUUUCCAGGUCAUUGCUGUGGACGGAGUUUGCAGCGGAGUCGUACAAUUUCCUGCAGCAGAGGACUGUGUGGACUGGCUUCAGGCAAUAGCGGGCAACAUCUCCGGUCUCACCAAGCACAAUGUGAAGAAGAUUAACAGGAAUUUUCCAGUUAACCAGCAGAUUAUCUACAUGGGCUGGGUCGACGAGAAGGAGCAGGACUCCGUUCAAGACCGAAUGUACUCACCAAAGUUCCUCGCGUUGAGGGGUUCCUCACUCUUCAAGUUUUCAGCCCCUCCCGUGACGACGUGGGACUGGACCAGAGCGGAGAAAAGCUUUACUGUGUACGAGAUAAUGUGCAAGAUUUUAAAGGAUAACGACCUCCUGGACAAGAGGAAGCACGUCUUCAGCGUCCAGACGGAGAGCGGGGAGGACAUGUUCUUCAGCGUGGAGCUGGAGUGCGAGCUGCUGAUCUGGGAAAAGGCUUUUCAGAUGGCCACCUUCCUGGAGGUGGAGAGGAUACAGAGUAAAACAUAUGCCUGUAUCAUGGAGAGCCACCUCAUGGGUCUUUCUAUUGACUUCAGCAUGGGCUUUGUGUGCUUUGAUGCAGCCUCAAAGGCCGUACUGUGGAGAUACAAAUUCUCCCAACUGAAAGGAUCAUCUGAUGACGGAAAGAGCAAGAUCAAGUUUUUAUUCCAAAAUCAAGACUCCAAAUCCAUUGAGGCAAAGGAGCUGGAGUUCUCGAACCUCUUCGCCGUGCUUCAUUGUAUUCACGCUUUUUUCGCUGCCAAGGUUGCUUGCCUGGACCCGAUGUUCGUGGAGAGCCAAGGCAGCGCGACCACCCCGGGAAUUCCUUCUCUCUCCAGUAUCUCUUGUAAUUCACAGACACCGAAACUCAAAUACGCCACUUGACAGGCGCUGCUCCCUGAAACACGCCUUUCAUAAAAAGACGCUGCACUUUGGUGUGACUGUGGCCUAAACAGGUGGGGAAAGAUAUUAGAGGUGGAGAGAAAGAGAAGUUGAUAUUACAUUAUGGAGGACAGCUGUAACGGAGGAAUAAAAGAGGCUCUUAGGGAUGGAUACACUCGAUAUUUCUGAAAGAGCAUCGGAUUUUGGGGAUUUCUUGAGUCGUUGUUGGAUCUGAAGACAAACCUCUACUAUCACGGAAACACUCUAUGAACACGACACGUUUUUUAAAGUGAAUUAGUCCUUCUCUUGAUCCUCAGACGUCCUUAUAAUCCACACAACACAAAGAAAAUGUUAGUUCUUUCCCCAUGUGUUCCUGCUGUAUGUAGUUUUACUGAAUUUGGGGUUUAACAAAAUCUGCCUUUUUCCCCCCACAUCAGAUACACUUGAAGUUUUUGAGGUGAAAUCUGUCGUGAUUCAGUUCAAAAGCAAAAUAGAAGUGGAAAAAGUCAAAACUCAGCAUUUAAAUUUUGAUUGAAUUCAUCACAUGUUAGUUUUCUGGCUGCUUUAAUGGAAGAAUUGACUGGUUUCAGAUCAGCGUGUGUACAAACACUCUCCAUAACCUCGAUUCAUGACAUAGACCUGUGUCUGAGGUCAGAGCGUACCGAGAAUCCUGGACAGACGAAAGUGUUGUUUUUAUCGUGUGGGUUAGAAAUGACAAUUUGAUAAUCAGGUUCACCAUCCACUUGACCAUAAUCUGACACGACCCGCUUUAAACAUGAUUAGAAACACCUUUCAUAAUCCUUUUAUCAUUACUUCCCCCUAAAGCUUGAUUAUGUAAAUAAACACUGACUUUCAAAUGAACUCAGAGAAUUAUGAAUUAUGGGGAACUACUCGUGGGGAUUACUGCAUUUGUUGAUUUGACGUGCACCAGAGACGACUAGGUACGAUACUGCAUAACCUCGUACUCCCGUCAUCUCUUACUCUAUGGACCAAUUUAAGAGAAUAAAGAUCAGCGAGGGUGUAUUUUUGGAAUAUUUUAUCUUUUUUGACUUCAGCUUGUAAAUAUGAUAAAGAGAAGAAAAUAAAAACUUCUGGAGAAAAAGACGCCGAGAGGGAAAACAGGAGAAUUGUAGCAGAGGUUUGCGACGGCCCUUUAAACUUCACUCUGUGCUGUUUUGUUUAUAAAUGCUGCAGAGUCACAACUAAACGAUCACGUUCGACGAGAGAGCUCGGGCGCAAUUAGUCACGCUCUUACCUUCCAUUUACAAAGUAGGAUUCGAGCAGAGGAGGCCCGUGGGUCAGUAAACUCUGGGGGAUAGCAAAUUAAAUGGGGUCAGUUAAGAGCCCGGCGCCGCGCGGGCUUGUUAAGCUGACGUGUGAGUGUGUGCACGAGGGAAACUAAUGGCGGUGCAGUCUAUGCAAAGAAAGUCCGAGUGAUGCUUCUGUGCUUUAAAAAUAAUCUCGGUCGCAUUUACCCUUAUAACACAGGAUCCUAGAGGGAGGUUUAUUUUAUUUUUUGCAGAUGUUUUAUUAACAAAUAUUCUGUGUCAGAAAUGAAUAAAUGAGA